CUUUCACGUCAGGUGAAGGACGUUCAGCAGUGUUGUUGCUAUACUAGUUUGUACACACUAGUUUGUAUAUUACACAGCAUAGAAGCAACAACUAUUUAAUUUUCAGUCUUCUCUAAGGUCUCAACAUGAAAAAUUUGGUCUCGAUUUUUGUAUUGAUAGUUAUUUUUUCAGUCAUUAAUGCUAAUGACAAUCCUCCGCCGAAAAAUAGUAAUAAGGAUGAAAGUGCUUCUAAACAUAAUGAAACAAAUGAUAAAGGUUUAACACCGGAACAAGCAGAUCCUGUUGUAAUCGUGGAAUCAGACGAGAAUAAGGAAGAGAUCCAUACAAUACCCGAAUCCGUGGAAGAAAAGAUCCAUGUAACACCCGAAUCUGUGGAAGAUACAUUACCCGAAAUAGAACCUAUACCCGCUUUUGGUACUGGAUUCUCUGG